UCUCAGUCUGCUUGCGCCUUCGUCGGCGGCGGCGGCAGCAGCAGUUUGGUGGAGCCUUCGUCACCGUGUCACUGACGCCUCUGCCACCUCCAGCACGGGGCAGGCUGUGUCACUCUGGGCAGCUGCCAGCGCUAUAAGAUAGGAAGCGAAGCUCCGGAGCUGCUCUCUCUGUAUCCAGUUGACCGAGGGAGAGACAUUCGCUUUCCACUCAGUGCCAGCCUUGGGGGGGGAGUGACUUGUGCCCUGCUGGCACUGACACUGUGCCAAGGAUGCUCCAGUGAGGACCCCCUACCUCCUGUACCCACACCACCCCAUCCUGCUGCACGACCCUGUAGACAAUGCACUGUGCCCCCUCCUGCUGAGCACCCUCCCUGCCAGCACCCUCCUGUGCAUGGAAAAUAAAGGAUCACGUUGGCAGGCGGAUAUGUCAGAGGGCACAAGCAUCUCUUUGUGUGCCCUGGUGCUUUGCGCAAGCCUUGGAUUAUUGUAGCUGCAUGGUAUACAUUAAGUAAAAUCUUAUCUGUCCAUCUGCUGCAAAGCUGCUCAGUAAGGAGUGCCAAGGGCUGGCUUUUUUAUCUUCAUUUAUUUUUAUUUUUUUUAAUCUGAGCACUUUUUACCAGCACCGGUAAUUGGUAUAACAGGUGAUGACGACGUAAGGAUGUUGCACAUUGCCAUGGAGAAGAAUCAUUUGUAGCCUCACUCAUAAGGGAUAUAGUUUUUGCAUUGUUGCACUUUGUUUCUUUUCUCUUCUUUUUUGUUUUUUUCCUAUUUAUACCAAAGGAUUGUUGUGUAUAUUUUAUUUUUGUAAGACUUGGUUAAAAAUGAUUCCCAGGCUGUCGCUCCAGUACCUAAACUGUCUCCCUUUGCUGGUCCUCUUGCCCUGUUCGGUGGUCCAUGGCGGCUCAGAGACCACCAAUUUGGAAUAUUUCAAUGCCAUUGUGAAUGUGACCGCACAGGAACCAGGCAGCAAAUCUGUCCUUGACGGUGGGCGCUAUGGGCUGAACUCCCCGAUCACCGAAGUAAAAGGGAUCAUUGUGACACCUGUCAACCUCCAAGGAGGUCCAGACAGACAGGGCUGUGACUCUCACAUUCGUUUCCCUGUGCCACCCAACACCAAGCACUGGAUUGCACUUCUACAGCGUGGGAACUGCACCUUCAAAGAGAAGAUCCUGAGAGCCGCAUCCCACAAUGCCACUGCUGUGGUCAUCUACAACAACAAUUCCAAUGAGGACACUGUGAGCAUGACCCAUGCAGGAACUGGAGAUAUUGUUGUCAUAAUGAUCUCUGAGUCAACGGGUCGGGAAAUCCUGAGCUACAUGGAAAGGAACAUCUCUGUUCUUAUGGCGAUAGCAGUUGGGUCUCGCAGUCCUGGCAAGAACGGAAGUCGAGGAUCAUUGAUUUUCGUCUCCAUCUCCUUCGUUGUCUUAAUGGUCAUUUCUUCGGCUUGGUUGAUAUUUUACUUUAUACAGAAGAUCAGAAAUACGAGUGCCCAUGAUCGGAACCAGCGACGGCUCGGAGAUGCAGCUAAGAAAGCCAUCGGCAAACUUACAACAAGGACGGUCAGAAAAGGAGAUAAGGAAACUGACCCGGAUUUUGACCACUGUGCUGUGUGCAUUGAGAGCUACAAGCAGAAUGACAUUGUACGCGUCCUGCCAUGCAAGCAUGUAUUCCACAAGGUGUGCGUGGACCCGUGGCUCAGCGAACACUGCACCUGUCCAAUGUGCAAGUUAAAUAUUCUGAAGGCCUUGGGAAUAGUGACUAAUGUGCCAUGCAGCGAUAAUGUAGCAUUUGACGUAGAGCGGCUCACCAGGGUUCAACCCAGUACGCGAGGGUCUGCACCAAGUGACCCAGUGGAAGAGGGAUCACUGAUUCUAGAAUCCCUACGCUCCUCUGCAGUAUCUCAGCUCCCACAUGAGGGAGAGAUCACUCCAAGGACAGGAGAAAUCAACAUAGCCGUCACAAGUAGCCUCUUCUUUCAUCGAAACUCCCUGUCCCCGCGGAGCUUGGGCUACGACACAGAACUAUCCACCAUCGAGCCAUCUCUAGACAUCUACGAUGAAAACAAAACAUGAGCUACUUCCUUCAUCCUUCACCAUUCUAUCUGUUGCCCUUCUACCUCUACUUGUAUUCCCUAACUUACCUCCUAUCCCCUCAGCUCAGUUCUACGUUAUUAUGGUUCUCUGUUGUGUGUCCUGUGUCUCAAGUGAAGAGCCAAUAAAAACAAAGCACAGUAUUCCAACCCCUCCCACAAGGAUCGGCAGCUGCAAUGUGGACCGGGAGCACUCAGGACUUUUUGUGAAUAUGGUGCAUGAGGAAGCACAAAGCAGGAGCUUGGACGGUUAUGUUCCACUUUUACAUCCUCCGCCUAAUUAUCAGUAUCAAUGUGUGAGAAACCGUGGAUUCAUGAUCUUUAAUUUUCAGCACAGUAGAUGCAAAACUGUCGACUCUAUGCUGGCAAGACCUCGAGUCAGGUCUGUGGUUGUCUACAUGUCCUGUUUCUUGGGUAUUGGUGAAAUACUUAUUUAUACUACAGAUGUUUUUUUUUUUUUUUCAUAUCUGCCUUGAAUUCUGCUUCUCAAGGGCUCAACCUAAUUAAUUUGCCUUCGGAUCAUCUCCGAUAGGAACAGGAAACUUUUUGAAAGCUCAAUUCCUCCUGCUUGUAGCCACAAACUUGCUUUUCCAUCAACGUGUUACAGUGGUUGUAAAUACUCUUUGGACAAUGAGGGGUGUAGGAACAUGGGUCUUAAUAUUUACUGUGUCCAUAAGUAUGCUUCUCUUAUUGUCCUACUGGUGGCAAAACAUUGUAUGUACGCACCAACAUCUAAGUAAUAAUAAAAAAAUGAAGAAGAUAACCGCUCCAGCUACAAAUCAUCCAAAUACCAUACUAGGUUGCCGUCUGAAAGUCCAGGUAAACUUGUGCUGACAGCAAUGUGAUUCCCCGUGGACAUGGAGUGAACAAAUGAUCUAUUUGAAUCUCAUGAGCCAAAACAUAGUUGUACAAUAAAGUCUAAAUAAACGCUGUGGUCAUUGGUCAGUCCUAGCUUAGCGUGUGAGUACAAUUAGCUCUCUAUAUUGGAUACUUAGUAGUGAUUUAUCGACUUUAUGUUCCAAUACAACUGCAUUUGGCCAUCUACCAUGCCACUUAGAUCAGCUAAGACUGCUCUAGGGUCACUGCUACUUGCUAACAAUUACUCAGCACCAUCGCCAGUGGUUGGGACAGACGAGAUCUUAUCGACAACAUGCCGUGUUGAUUUAACUCUGAGUUGUCAUGGUCACUAUGGUGAUAACAUGGGUCCUUCUCAUAGACCGAGGUUGGGCAUUCAGCUGUCAUGCAGUAGAUACAGAUUGGUGACAGCGGGCUUAUAGACCAGUUCCAAUUUUACGCAGCAGAGCAGCCACCAAUGAGGGCUGAAGAAACCAAUAUAAUUACCUGGUUUCUUUUUGUAGUUUAAAGGAGAAAUUUUCAGAGUUCUUUCUGUCAGUAGGAUUGGUGACAACUGUAGAUAGAACUCUGGAUAAUUACAGCCCUGGUGUCUUCAGCUGAGAGAUUCUUCACUUAAAUGACCUAGAAAGUGUCUAGUAAUUCUUUGGUCUCCGCAGCCUGGAAAUUUGUUAUAGAGGAAGGUGGUGAGGAAAUGUUUUUGUUUGUUUUUUUAUUGUUUUUUUUAUUCAAUAUUUUAUUAUUAUUGUGUUUUUUUCUAUUUUAAAUGUACCAACUUUAAUUAUUUGGGAGUUAUUUUUGAUUUCCAACUGUAAAGUAAUAACAAAAAAUUCAACAAAAGCUCUAGCUACAAAUGAACAUAAACGAUCACCAAAAACACAUACUGUACUAGCUGGCCGUCUCAAACUUCUGUAGAUGUUUAUUUUGCUUACAGCAAUGUGAUUCAACAUUGACUUGGAGUGAACAAAUGAUCUAUUAUCUCAUGAGCCAAAACUUCCAGAAGACACUGGUUCGUCAGCAUUGUAUCCCCACAGCUGGCAAACAGUCAGCGCUCUUUUCAUUCAAAUGUGUUUUCAAGAGGUUUCUACAUCAGUUGGCAUUGUACAUAAUUUUUGUGAUGUAGAUGCUUACAGAGGAUGUGACCAGACUUAACAUGUUACAGUAGUUUGUAUAAAACAUGCUUAUUUUAUAAGCUAAGUGGGAAUGUUGCUUUAAACAGCGGGAAGACAUUGCAGCGACAGUUUAUAUACGCAAAAUUGUGUGGAACAAGACAAAAAUCUGGUAAUAAACGAAUGAAUUGAUAAACCCAA